AUGGAUACUACAUCUCUAUUACCAACAGUUUUAGAUAUGGAUCUGACGAUAUUACAUAUAGAAAUUUGCCCCAAGGACAUUCUGGUGAAAUUUCAAGGCAGAAGUAAUAUUGAAUGUGAGUUUGACUACCACAUAUUGCAGAGGGAAAUACAGCAUAUUCCAAAAGUAAAAAAUAAUGUGGACAUUGAUGACUUUUGUUUGGUAGAAGAAAGAGUAUCUGGAGAAUGGCAGAGAGGAAGAGUUUUGGAAAGGAAAAAUGAACUCUAUACCGUGCUCCUCAUAGACCGCGGGGAGGAGCUGAGCGUCAGCAGUGUGCAGGUUGCUUCAGCCUGCAGCAACGUCUUUGAACUACCACCCAGGGUGGUGGUUGGUAUUUUUGCAAACAUACUACCAGUUGGAGAAAAAUGGCCUCCUAAGGCUUUGAAUUAUUUCAAGUCAUUAGUAGGACUGCAAGUGAAAGGUUGUGUCAUACAAGCUCUUUUGCCUCUUCAAAUGAUCCUUUUUGAGGUGCCAAAAAUUAUAUCCCAGGUUCUUGAAUUAAAAUUAGGAAGACUUAUUGAUGGGGACUCAUUUCGUCUUAUUGUGGAAAUGUUAAAAGAAUUCCCACAACAAAUUCCCGAUUUAUUACAACAUAUGACACCUGAAUUAUCAUUAAAUAAUAAUGAUACUUUACUUGAUAUCCGACACGUUCUGGAUAGUUUGCAGCCAUCUUUGUCAAUAGGUAGUAUUGAAAGUGUAAAGGUAUCAUCAGCACUGAGUCCAAGUAAAUUUUAUUGUCAAUUAAUUAAAUGGAUUCCAGAGUUAGAAGACUUGACAGUGUGCAUGAAUUUGCAUUAUGAUAUUAUCAGUCAAGAAAGUAGUCCUACAUGUGAUAAUUUUGGACUACUCUGUGUUGCGAAAAGGAGAAAUGGACAGUGGCAUAGAGGAAUUCUUCAGCAGCUCUUGCCCAAUAAUCAAGUGAAAAUUUGGUUUAUGGAUUAUGGCAGUAGUGAGGCUAUACCCUCAAUUCAUGUAAAGAAACUUAAACAGGAUUUUAUUUCAGUACCGUUGUUUUCAUUUCCGUGUUCGCUAACAUAUUUACACAGCCCAAAUAUCGAUGCAAGAAAAUUUCAACUCAGUGUAUUUAAACAAGCCUUGUUAGGACAGAUAGUGUAUGCACACAUUGAUUGGCUCAAUAAGGAAGAGCAUUUGUAUUAUGUAACAUUACAAACUCAAGAGUCUUCAACUAAUUCUAAGUGUCUGCUGAAGACUGUAGGCACACAAGUACUUUGUCCAGUGUCUGAUUUAAAAAUCUCUAAUAUGUUGAGAGAGACUAGUGCUUUUGAUGUAAACAGCUUUGCAGUUGAGAGUUUUAUUGGAAAUACUGAACAGUUGAUAAACUCUCUAAAUAAUAAAGGUACUUUGAAAGUAGGUUUUCCGAUUAAAACUGUAGAAAUGGAGAUAGAAGCUGCCUACAUAGCUUUUGUAGCAUAUGUAUUAAACCCAUCAAAUUUCUGGGUACGCACCAAUAAACAUCAGAAUGAAUUUCAAGAUAUAAUGAAAAAUAUAAACAAAUUUUAUGAUUUGUGUGAAAAUGAUGAAUUAAUUCUAAGAAACCCAGAACCUGGAUUAUUUUGUUGUGCGAGAUAUAGCAAGGACAGACGUUUUUACAGAGCUGUCAUCAAUGAAAUUAAUGGUUAUAAGAUUAAUGUUUAUUUUUUGGAUUAUGGAAAUACUGAUUCCAUACCAUUUUUUGAUGUAAGAACUUUGCUUCCAGAGUUUUGUGAAUUGCCUGCCUUAGCCAUGUGCUGCUCACUUGCACAUAUAUUUCCUGUGGAAGAUAUUUGGGUGAAGGCAGCAACUGAUUAUUUUAAAAAAAUUGUCUUGAACAAAGCAAUUUUGCUUCAAGUUAUAGCAAAAAAAGAUGACAAGUACACUGUAAAUAUUCAGAGUAUUGAAGCUUCUGAAAAUACUGAUGUUGUGUCUCUUAUGGUACAAGCUGGAUAUGCAGAAUAUUGGGAAGUAGAGCCAGAAUGUUAUCCAAAAUCUUUAAGUCAAUAUUCAGUGCUAAAUUUAAAAUCAAAAAACAAAGUUAAUAUUAAGAAGAUCUUAUCUGCCCUUCCUGAAGGACGUAAACCUAAAAAGUAUCAUUCAAAUAAGCUUAAAGAAAGUAAUUUGUUAAAGUCCCCAGCUAUUAAUUUCUCUAAUUUAAAAAAUCACUUGUCUGUGGGACCUGAGUCACCAUGGCCUUAUAAAGAAUACAUGUUUAAACCAGGAACAGUCCUUGAAGUUAAGUGUUCUUAUUGUUAUGGCCCAGGUGACUUUUCAUGCCAGCUCCAGUGUAAGCUAGAAGACCUAAAAUUACUAAUGGAACAAAUUCAGAAUUAUUACAGCAUUCACUCUGAUCCUUAUCAGGUUGGGCAGGUAGCUUGUGUUGCUAAGUAUUCCAAAGAUCGGAAGUGGUAUAGAGCUACUAUUUUGACUCCAGUGUCAAAUAAAGAAGUUGAUGUAGUUUUUGUUGAUUAUGGUUACCAGGAAAGAGUUUUAAUUAAGGAUCUUUGUGCGAUUAACCCAUAUUUUCUUUUUUUAGAAGGCCAAGCCUUCAGAUGUAGACUUAACCAUUUAGUUGAACCCAUUAGUUGUAAAGUAUUAAGUUGGACAAGAGAAGCAUGCAGAGACUUUGGGAAUUUUAUUUCAUCGUCCAGAGGGUUAUUGACUUGUGUCAUCUGUGCCCUAGUUCUUAUACAUCCAAACCAUUUAUGUAACUUGGUGGAUUUACAAUAUCCAUUUACUAGUGCAAAAGAAUUUCUUAUUAAUCAUGGCUCUGCACAGUAUAGUACAUUAUCAAAGCCAUUCCCAUCUUCAGCUAGUCUUUACAGCUACUAUUAUUCUUCCUUUAAUAUAAAAAUUGGAAGUGAGGAAGAAAUAUAUAUAUCUCAUAUAUAUAGUCCCAAAAAGUUUUAUUGCCAACUUAGUAGAAAUAAUAAAGACCUGGAGAUAAUAGAAACAAAAAUCACAGAGAUUAAUAACCUCAAAGAUUGUCCAAAAUAUUCUAGCAAAAAGAGAUUGUGCAUAUGUAAGUAUAUAGAGGAUGGUUUCUCUUAUAGAGCUUUAGCAAUGCCAAAGUCAGAUUCAUUAUCCGACUUUCUGGUCUAUUUUGUGGACUUUGGAAAUAAGCAAUUAGUAGAAGAAAGUAUGUUGAGGGCUAUUUCAGAUCAGUUUCCAGAGUUGCUGUUUAUACCUAUGCAAGCUAUUAAGUGCUUUUUGUCAGAUCUUAGAGAUGUAGAUAUUCCAGCAGAAAUCAAUAGAUGGUUUGAAGAUAGUUUCUUGGGAAAACCACUAAGGGCAGUAAUAUUGUCCAGGGAGUCAGAUGGCCAGCUUGGCGUAGAAUUGUAUGAUGGAUAUCAACAUAUAAAUCAGAAAAUUAAAAUGUUGCUUCAUGCUUAUGGAAAAAAAGAUUGUGACCCAGCAUACUGCGUGGAAAAGGGUCAUAAAAUAAAUGAGAAUAAGAGACUUGCUGUUUCUUUGAAAGGCAAAAUAGAAAACUAUCACCAUGAUAUGAUAAAUAAAACUAGUCUAGUGACAUAUUCCGAAAGCAAAAUACAUCAAUUAAUGAAUUCCAAAAGUAUGUAUGCGCAGCUUUUGAAACCAUCAGUUUGUUAUAAUAUUGAACCUGUGUCCAAAAACAAGGUAAAUAAGUCUUCAAGUGAUGGACUUAAAAAUAAAGGUGUAAAAGUUGUCCCCGGAUCUGCAUGUACUCUUGAUGAAAGUGAUGUGGGCAAGAAAUCAGUAAGGAUUGUGUCACAGCCUUUUAUCAGAGAAUUACAUCAGGUAGCCUCACAAAACCCAUAUAGUCUCACAAGACCACAGAUCACAGACCUUCCUGAACCCAAAAUUUACUUGAAUGCCAGAGUUAAAGGAUAUGUUUCUAACAUCAGCAACCCAGCAAGUUUCCAUAUCCAUCUUGAGGAGAGUGAGAAUGUAAUCAUCAGACUUGCAGCUGCUCUGAAUGAAAGAAGAGCAGCUAUCAUGAGUGAGAGAAAGCCAGUCAAACCCAUGGUGGGAGAUCUCGUAAUUGCAGAAUACGCCACUGAAAAUGCCAUUUACAGAGCAGUUAUUAAGAACAUCUUGCCGGGAAAUUUUUUUGAAGUGGAAUUUAUUGACUAUGGUAACACUGAAGUAGUAAACUUAUCUAAAAUUUAUGAACUUAAGAGAGAAUUCUUAACUAUUCCGCAGCUGGGACUCCACUCUUUUCUCAGUGGAGUCAAGUGGAAUGAGCCUGGUGAAAUAUGGGACAGUAAAACUGUAGAUUAUUUUGCUUCACGAGUAAGUAACAAAACAGUUUCUUGUGAGUUUUUGAGAAAGCAUGAGCAGAAAUGGGAAGUGAACAUAAUCUGUGAUGAAAAGUGUGUCAUUAAUGAACUACUGAAAUGGACAGCAUGUCCAAAACUACAGAAAACAGUAUUGCAAAGGCCUCACGUUGUUUCUCAGAAGGUGAGCCCUGGUGACAACGGGGACGGGAGGAGAGGAGAAGUGACUGAGCGUGAAGGUUCUCCGGGCCUCCACUCAUCCUGCGAACAGCUGGCUAACAUUCCUUUUGAACAGCUAAAACCUGGACAGCUUGAAAAGGCUGAAAUACUUUAUGUUUCAAAAAGUGGGGCAUUUUAUGUGAAGUUAUCUAAAAAUAAAAAAAAGGUAUCAGAUUUAUCAGUGUUAAUUACUAAAGAAGGAAAACAAACUUUUUCAUCAAUGGAAAAUAUUGAAAAAGGCUUAGAAUGCUUGGCAAAAUCUAAAAAUACUUUGAAGUGGUAUCGAUCAAAAGUAGAAAAAAAGUGUGUUGAUGAAAAAGUGCUUGUUUUUUUAGUAGAUUGUGGUAGGUAUGACAUAGUGCCUUUAAGUAAUAUCAGGGUGCUUAGUAAUGAAAUCAGAAAUAUUCCAAGACAAGCUGUGCCUUGUAAGUGGAUUUGGUUUGAAAAUUUUAGAAAUGUGUCGUUUGAGUCCAUUGUGCAUUUAUUUGCUCAUUUGGAAAUAGACAUCCUUUUCCUGAAAUAUUUAGACUCUGCCUGGGAAGUAGACAUUUUGAUAGAUGGUCUGUUACUUUUGGAAUAUUUAAAUUUAAAUACAGUUCAUGUUGAAGAAAACAAACUUAGGUCUUCAGAAAUUAUUUUCAGUGUGGCAUCUAAGGCUCCCGUGCUGUCAUGUACAGUCAGAUCGUUUACUUGGGCGCGACUCCAGAACGGAGGGCGAUAUUCCGGGAUUGCCACUGCUGUUUCCGACCCAUCCGACUUCUUCAUUCAGUUAGAUGAUUUCUUUGACACAAUGAAAUCUGUCUUUAUAUUGCUUUCUGAUCUACCAGACACCUUGCAAGCAUUGUCUCAAGAGCACGUAAUUCCUGGUUCUAGUUGUUUGUUCAGAUGUGAAUUGGAAGAUCAAUGGAAUAGAGUAGAAAUUUCCCAAGCCUCUGAUCAGUCUUUACUUAUUGUGUUGAUUGACUAUGGAUUUUCCAUACACAUACCUUAUUCAGAUGUAAGAAACCUUAGAGUUGUUCCUGAGGAACUUCUGAAUUUGCCAAGGCUGAGUUACCCUUGUGUCUUGUAUGGUAUCCUACCUGCUAACGGGAAACAUUGGAAUGAAGAAGCCAAAGGCUUUUUUCUAGAUUUCCUCAGUAAACCAGGUUUAGUUUUUCAGCUUAGAGAAUAUAGUUUUGAAACAAAACUGAAAGUAGAUGUCACUUGUGAGAAAAGCAACCUGGCAGAUAUCUUGGUUGCAUGUGGCCUUGCAGUGCAUUCUGAUGAUUCCGGUCAUCUUGGUGCAGUUACUACCCCUGGAUCCGCCACGAUCCAGUGUCUGCAGAUCAAGAGGAACUCUACUUGA